GAAGGCGCUGCCCGCAUGGCCGCGGGGGGCGGCGGCAGGAAUGUGCCCGUGGGCACCGCCGAGCGCGGCCCCCACGACGGCAUGAGGCGCGAUGGAGACCCGUACUGGUCCAGGCCCGAGUCCCGUGUGUGGACGGUGAUGCUGCUGCUGGGGACGUGCCUGCUGUACUGUGCCCGUGUCACCGUGCCCAUCUGCGCCGUCGCCCUCAGCUCCUACUUCGACUGGGACAAGAAGCAGUCUGGGGUCGUGCUCAGCAGCUUCUUCUGGGGCUACUGCUUGACACAGAUCAUCGGAGGACACAUCAGUGAUCAAAUAGGAGGUGAGAAAGUCCUCCUCCUCUCAGCAUCAGCCUGGGGGUUCCUCACAGUCCUCACCCCCGUGCUCACCCACAUCACUCCUGCCCAUCUUGUUUUUAUGACCUCCUCCCGGUUCCUCAUGGGGUUGCUGCAAGGGGUGUAUUUCCCAUCCUUGGCCAGCCUGCUGUCCCAGAGGGUCCGGGAGAGCGAACGAGCCUUCACCUACAGCACAGUGGGGACUGGCUCACAGUUUGGGACACUGGUGAUUGGUGGUGCAGGAUCCCUCCUCCUGGACUGGUAUGGCUGGGAAAGCGUUUUCUACUUCUCCGGUUUGCUCACUUUGCUCUGGGUUUACUGCACCUGCAAGUACCUUCUGAGUGAGAAAGAACUCAUCAUCCCCAUAGACUAUUUAACGAGAGGCCUCUCGAUAUCCAAGCAGACCAAAGUUCCCUGGAAGCAGCUGUUUAGGAAGGCACCGAUAUGGGCUGUCAUCAUUGCUCAGCUCUCCACAGCCAGCACGUUCUUCACUCUCCUCUCCUGGCUGCCAACUUUCUUUAAGGAAACUUUUCCUGAGUCAAAGGGUUGGGUGUUUAAUGUAGUCCCCUGGCUGGUUGCAAUUCCAACAAGCUUGUUCAGUGGAUUUCUGUCUGAUCAUUUAAUCAGUCAAGGGUACAAAACCAUCACCAUUCGUAAGUUCAUGCAGGUCAUUGGCUCUGGCGUCUCAAGCCUUUUUGCUCUGUGUCUGGGCCAGACCUCCAGUUUUUGCAGAGCAAUAGUGUUUGCCUCCGCCUCUGUUGGACUCCAGACCUUUAACCACAGUGGCAUUUCAGUAAACGUGCAGGACCUGGCCCCCUCGUGUGCUGGCUUGCUGUUUGGGGUUGCAAAUACAGGUGGAGCCCUCCUAGGUGUCAUUUGUGUGUACCUGGCUGGUUACCUGAUUGAAACGACUGGCUCCUGGAUUUCUGUUUUUAACCUGGUGGCUGCUGUUAACAGCAUUGGGCUGUGUGUAUUCCUCCUGUUUGGGGAGGCCCAGAGGGUGGACACAGACUCUGCUUACGUGGAUCUCUAGGGAUGAGCCCAGUGAGCAGCCGAAGGACAGGAGAGUGUCACGUCUAUGUUGCACAAGUGCCAAAGAACAUUUUAACUUUUUUUUUAGGUGUUUUAACGGGAAAAAAAUAUGCUGAAACCAAGUACAUAGUGGGUCUGGAUGGAACCCAUGACAGAAAAAAAAAUGUAGAGUUUAUUUUUUGCUCAGGGUGUAGCUGGUGGCCUGCAGAGCCAUCCAGCUCAACAUCUCCAGCGAGGAUAUGGUCUGUGGGACCAGUUUGUCCCAGUUUGUGUCCGGUGGACAAAUAUCCAUGUGGCCGAAGGAGGUUACCUGACCUGUCUCCCAAGGCUGCUGUGGUUCCAUGCUCUGCUGAGGAGGAGCUGCUUCUCCGUGCAGGAGCAGGUCCCCCCCUGCUCUGCUGUCCUCUGACCGUCCACCUCUGGGCUGCUGUGCCACACGUGUCCUCUGAACUGUGUGACAGGGAUUGUCCCAACGAAUGUACCUCUGACCUUAACCCCCCCUCCCGUGCCUUUAUUUGCAGCCAGCUCAGCAGGUACCAGCCAGGUGUCCAAGGGUUGUGAGAUGAAUCCCAGGCUUCCCUUCAGGGAGUGUCUGGCUGGAUGUCUGCAGUGGAUCCAGGGGCUGUGUCGGUCCUGACAGGAGGCUGCAGAGCAGAGCACUCCAAGGCAAGCCUGUCUUUGCUCAAGGACAGAGUUCAAGGUGUCCCUUCUCUCCCAGGUGGCUUUACCCCAGCCCUGAGCCCAGGCAGGCCAGCUCUACCAUGAGAGCAGAGCUGAUCUGCCAUCCCCCAGGGUCAGGCUUAGCUGGGCUCACCUCGUGGUGCAGGAACAGCUGAGGAAUCCCCCAGGAGCUGUUUUGCCAGAUGCUGUGAAUGUAUAGGAAGAACUGGUCACAUUCUGUGCUGUAGAUCUACACCCCCAAAUGUGUUCUGCUGGAUUAGGUGUGUCCUCCAUGUGCUCUCAAAGGGCCAAGGGAGACUUUCCAAAGAGACUCACACGGGCAGGUUUUGUUUCUAUGUUGAGCAUAAACCAAAUUUCUGCACUGGGGAUCCAUAGGGAUGGGGAUCCCUGUGGUUCCCCGUGUCAGAGGGAAAUACUUGGCUGUAGACACCUCUGAGCCUGAAUGUCUUAAGUUAUUUAUAAAUAUUUUAAAAUGUAAGCACCAAAUUCUGUAUUUUAUGUAUUUGAGGCCUGACUCUGCAUGCUUAUUUUUAGUGGUGCUCCCACCAAAUCCCUCACUAUUUCUUGAAGGGGAGUAUCUACCAGCCUCCAGUAUUUGGUUUUGUAGGAUGAAGUUUAAAUGUGACAUUUCAUAUUAAAGCAAUUCAUUGCUUUUCCUCCUGCCCCUUGCUUGAGGCUGAAAGGUUCUCUUUGGUUUUUCCAGUGCUUACCAGAAAACUUCAUCUCUGACUGAGGAUCAGAUUUUCCAAGGAUUUUGCAGUGCAGGAAAGCUGUAGGUUCAGGUUUAUUGUCCUUAAAAAAACCCAGUUAUUUCCUUCUUUACCUUUUGUUUUGGCCAGAUUUCUUCUUGGAAGACCUGUUGGAACCAUGUUAAAUUUCUGAAUAGGUGGAUUUGUAGUGAAAAUAGUGACAGCCUUUUGAUUGCAGAGACACUAAUGGGUGUCACUAAACUGAGCUGAGCCACUUACUGGGCAUAUUAAGA